AUGCACUUCGCUUGUUUGUCGUUUUCGUUUCUCGCACUGAAAGGCCAUAUAGAUGAUUAUAAACGCAUCACCAAUGAAAGGCUAGAACCGGCUGAUAGUGAAUUGCUAAUCACUUCUCUCCUCUCCACGCUACGCUUAAUACGGUUUGAGGAUCCGGGCUACGCCAACAAUCAGAUGGUCUAUUUACUCACAGGAGAAGGUAAGGAGGACUCUGCCGGGGUCAUCGGAAAGUAUGCCUGUCUUCUCGGAAUGCUACAAGCCGAACAAUCACUGGAGAGUGUAUGGAACACGUUGAAGCAGCAUCUAAUUCCUGGCUGCAACCAAAGGCUAAUCGCUGCUUCAUAUGCAUGUGUGACUGCAUUUAUCGAUACGGGACGGCUGAAGGAAGCCAUGUUGUGUCUUACAGAAAUAUCGGAACGUGCAAGCAAUACAUUACCAGAAAUCUCAACGGAAUCUCGGCUGAUACAUUUACUUAUUGAUCACCACUUGUCAGACAAGUUAUUCGAACUCGCGGGGAAGGAAAAUUGUAUGGCCCUUCUAGACUCCCAGCUACGAACCAUCGAGAUGAGACUUGGUCUAGGAUGGCACAAUGCUCAAUCUUGUCAUUCAAUGAUCGACGAUUCUCUGCACCCUAUCGGAUCUCAGCCCUUCCUUACUGUGGAUGGUGAUCAUGUGGGUCUCCAUACGACGCAACGCUUUGUGGAAGAAAUCCGUGCUUUAGGUUGCUCGAACUCAAGCUCUGAUCUUGGUAGAAUCGCCGAGUUGUUGGAUGAACAUGAAGGGGAAGAUAUACCGCUUUGUACUCAACAUAUGGGCUCUUGGGACAACCAAUUUGCUUGGAUGCCUCAGCGUUCUCCCAUCGAGUUUUCCCAUUGCCUAAGUGCUCCUGGACACAAUACUCGCAUCCCUUGGGACCCCGCCUCAUUAGGUCUGGUUUGUGCGCGGUUGGACUGCCAGGGAAAGCCUAUGGCAGACGAGCACACCCUUCACCUGCUGCAACUUGGCUACUUAUGCAUGCGACCCGCCUCCGACAUAGAGCAGAGUGAGUGGAUAAGUUCUGGACAUAUUGUCGCGUGGGAUCGGGUGAACGGCGGCUUUGUAGCCAUAUUCGUCGGCAAGGGUCAUGGGGUCAUCUCUUCUGGUUACCUACCGUCAUCUCUGCCUUCGCCUUCGAGGGUUCAAGCAGAGUAUAGAGGCGUCUCUCGUACUUCAAAGGGCACAGGGGUUAUAUCACCUCGACGUCGAUCGAAGCCGAGGACUAAAACCAUGAAGCACUGGGCCAUCUCUGCCAACUGUCGUGGAAAGUCUGGCAAACUUGCUGUCGUUGAGCGAUUAGGGACUUUUGUCGGUUGCCACGACCUACAACAACGCAUUGAUCGUUAG